UCAUUCGGAAACCGUGGCAAAGGAAGUGAAAUAUGCCUGGAAUGCGCCCUGCAUGAUGAUCAUAUUCGAGGAUGGCGAUCUCAAUAGUGCACUCCACCAUUUGGUUGGCUCUCUGCAGAAUCCCUUUGCCCUGGAUGCCGUGGCCACGGUCUUGGUGCAGGAGAACAUUGUGGCUGAGCUCUGCAAUCGCAUUGUCGAUCUACUGCAGCCAUUGGAUCCCCGUGUGGCCAAUCACCCCAACUAUUUGCGCACUCUCAGCAAAUUGGCAUUGCUAAAAGCAAAGAUUGUGGCUGGCAAUCCAGACAAAGUGCCCGCCACUGCCUCGCCCAUGAUUGUACGCGAUGUGCCACACCAUUAUCUGGGCGCUGGCCCCACUGGCAUCAUAACGAUGCACAUCUUCCGCACACCCCUCGAGGCGACGCUCGUUUAUCACAAGGAAUCCCUGCCCAUUGCCUCGGUUAGCAUUUGGAACGAGAGAGUCUCCAGCAUGUACGAUAUGGUGGCCGUGAUCAAUGUCGAUACAUUCAAAAUCAAUUGCUUCGAUGUGGACAUGGAGCCCAUCAAGCGCACCUUCGAGUGCCGUCGACACAGUGCCCACAUGAGCCGUGGCUAUCACUACGAGUCCUUGAUGCUGAAUGAUCGGCGCAAGAUUGUGAUCUUUCCCGUGGGCUCUAUUUAUGCAAAUUAAAAGUGUUUAUUUA